UGUCACAUCAAUUAAAACGGGGGACAGUUAGUAGUUCAUUAGAGAGAGCCAUAUUGCACCGUCGGGUAGCGCUGCCAACCCUUGCUAUCUGGGGCAGACUGGCAGAGGGUCCAGAUGGCACGGAAAUCCUCAAAGAUUUGAAAAUGUUCUCUGCAGGGGUGGCGUUUUCUCCCCGCUCCCACCCUUACCACUGAGUGGGGUGUGGGCCUUGCCUGGCUUGCCACCCACAGAAGCUCAAUUGGAAACUUGCAUGGAAAUAUAGUACAGAGAAAGUGUAGAGAGUAGGCUACCUAGCUGCUGCAAGCUCAUGAAGAUACAUGAGUUAUGAGUGGAUCAAAGAAGCACCAGGAAAGUUGUGGGUGUCACAAAUAUUUUCAUUUAAGUAUUCUAGUGGGUGAGAUUUGUUUAACUAUAUUUUUUUCCUACCUGCUUUUAAAAGUUUGAUUAGGAAUACAGCCUUCACAAGGAUGACACAUUGUAUAUUAACUGAAUACUAUAGUGCAUGUGUGAUUUUAGUAGUAUAGCUGUAUUAUUUGCUGUGGGGCAUUGGGGGAAGCAUGUCUGUCCAAAUACGGAGUAAAGAUAAAGUAGAUGCAGCCGUUUGCCUCUUUUGAUUGGCUGCCUCCUACACGUUGUGGGAGAAACCAGGAAGAGAAACAACUACACAUUGUUACAUGGAGCAGGGCAAUAACAUGAAGAGUCCGAGUCAGUGCAGACAGAGGACCAUCUCGUUGCAAAGUCCCCUGGGAAAGAUCCAAGUCAGCGGAUGUGAAAAUGGUGUGCACACCAUCCAGAUCCUAAUGGAUGUUCCACCUGCAGAAAGGAGUGGUGACACCUCCCUAAGCUGUGUGGUCACUGUUAGCAAUGGCCAAGAGGAAAUGGGCCCAGAGUUGCAGCACUGCGUGGAAUGGCUUCGGGCCUACUUCAGCGAGCCGUGGACCGUGGGGAGGCUCCCACUCCCAGUCUUUCAUCACCCCACCCUGCAUGGAGAUUCCUUCACCAGCCGGGUUCUGCAGACUCUUGUGCGGGACGUGAAGGUGGGAGAGACGGUGUCGUAUAAGCGGCUGGCUGAGAUGGCAGGAAACCCCAGGGCCGUGAGAGCUGUGGGAGGGGCCAUGAGGAGGAACCCGGUGCCUCUUCUCAUCCCCUGCCACCGCGUCAUCUCCAGCGGUGGUCAGAGUGGGAUGUACAUGGGCGGCAAAGGUAACCAUCUCAAACAAUGGCUGCUCACCCACGAGAAGGUCAAAGAGGAAGACUGAAGCACAAUGAUGUGAUAUAGAGUACUGUUUCAUAAGGAUUCAGAAAUCCACCCAAUUUUUACAGCCCUUUUCCUGAGUUGAGCUGUUCUGUGAGUCUUUGUGCGGCAAACCUGUCGCGACCCUCAGCGGAUAUGGAAAUGGGGUAAGGUUUUAUGGGCCAAAAGGAAUGGACAUAGUCAAGCUCAGGGGGCAUGAAUAUUGGAUGUUAUUUCUGGUCUCUUUUUAUGUAAUCCAUUGCCAAUACAUUAUUAAUAGAUGAUAUCAUAUCCAGAACUAGUGGACAAAGCACUACUGAGGGGUACUAUGAAGGGAGUUCUAUGUGUCAGAGUAUGGCAUAAAAAUGCAGUUGAAGUGAUAUUAUUUUAUCACUGUCGUCUCUCACUUUCUGACCUGGGUUUCUGUACUAUGACUGUUCUUGGUUGAGUGUGCUUUAUGGAAGAAAAUCCUGCAUAUGUGGGUCUGAAAUACUUUAGAUCAUUAAUAUAGUAUCGAAUGAUUUUUUUUACCAUUAGGAUACUUUGCUAUUCCACAGUGAAUAAAGUAGAUAUAUUUCUGCUGACCUAUCUUUAUCUAUUUUUUCAAGCAGACCAGAUUGCAGAUAGACAGACCAGUGGUCACCCAUGUGAACACAUGAUUUUAUGUAAAGUUAAUGUGAUAAAAUGACAACAUGUGAAGCAACGUGUAAAAACAACAUGGGGAUGCAACAUUUCAUUUCUCAGAAUAUUGUAUGAUGGUACACUGGAGGUUUGUGUCUAGUUGUGGUGAAAAUACGAUAAAUCUACAACCAGUUACUGUGUUUUAAUUAAGGUGUUAAUGUUAAAGGACAGUAUGCUGAUGUAUGUUGAUUAGUCGCGACUUAACCUCACUUAGGAUUUUAACUCACAAUCUUUUGGUUGUUAGCUACCUGAAGUUCCUCCUGCGCCACCAUGUCUGUACAUUUAUUGCCAAGAAUACGUUUCUGCACUUUGCCGAAAGCUACAGUAAAAAUAAAGUAAAUAUAUACAACAACUUCAAGGUAUUAUUUUUAUAAGAUGACAGUAUUUAAAUGUUCCCUUUAU